UCCUAGGUCAGGAACAGAAGGAACAAUUUUUAAAGGAACAUUACCGCACAUGUGUUAAGUUGUGAUCUUUGUUCAAAAUUAAGAAUCCAAGAUCCAACAGUACUUUUUUUUUAAUGUAGUUUUAGAUACACAAAGGAUCCUUUGAUUUUCCCAUUCUUUGAUAAUUGCUUAAGUAUUUCCUCAUCAAAUACAUGCCUAAAGUCUCCCUUUGGAUAUUAAUCCUGACAGCAGCCUACUUUUUCUCUUUCAUGGUGUGGCUGCAUAUUAAUUUUUAUUACACUAACAGGCUACAACUCUCCAGAAUCUCCUUUCCUGUGUGGUAGCAGUUUUCCUCACUAGGCAUACAACUGUGGAAAAUACCACCAAAGCCAACCUAUUAUCAACAGAAAAAGAAAAGCAAUGUUUACUGAAGCCCAUUUCUAACAUGUUUUCCAUUUUUCAAAGAAACACACACUUAAAACUGCUGAUUAUGCAUAUUAGAAUGGCUCCAAAGACGUCAUCUUUGUUUUGCAUACCAACAGCUACCAAAGCUGAAUCUCGUCUGGUUUAUUAGAUGCCACUGCUUUUGCAAGGACAAGGCAACCUCAGUGUAUGUUGUCUAUAGCAAACGUUAAUAGCAUCAUCUUAUGUUGGUUAGAUACAACAUUUUAUUUUCAUUAAAAACCACACUUUUGUGUUUGUUUCAAGCUUCUUACCGUAACCAGUACUUGCUUACUGGAAAAAAAGCACUCUUUUUUCAACAGAUUGAUUUUCCAGCUGAAACUGAAAACGUUUUGUGCCUCAUCCGUGAUGAGCUGAGAAACUAGCACUUCUCAUAUAUGCUGCUUUUUCUUUUCUUAUUUUGCUGAGUUAACAGUUAGCUGUAGGCAGGCCAACAGUCAGAGGACCACAAGGAUUGCAUUUUUGGUAUGUUGUGAUAGGUUCAGCAUUUUGAUGAAGAGGCAUUAAAAAGUGUGUAUUGCUGGUGAAGUCUGAGGGGCGCUAGGUAAAUGUGUAAAAUAGUUGUGCUAGAGACAAACAUUCUACACCUGACUCUAACUUUACAGAUUACCUUGAAAAACCUUUGCUUCCUGAACUAACAAACAGCAGUUACAUGCUGAUGUGAUGUAAAUGGGCAUUGUGCCAUUGGCUUCAGCUACAACGUCUAUCCUAUUUUCCCUCCAGUCUUGCAAUUUUGAAUCAACUCAGUAUGAAGACUUCCUCAGCUUCAGUAUCUUUUCUUUUGAGUUUGUGUCUUCUGCUAUCUUUAGCCUUCCACUUACUUUUUUUUAUUUUUUAUUUUUUAAAUCUCAGUUGAGUGUACAGGGAAAUGAAGUGGGAUUGGAUUGGGGCUAACAUUCAGUCCAUUCACUGGUAUCUCAAGGAAUUCAAAACCAAUAUUGAUAAACCACUGAAUUUUUGAUGUAAUGAAAAAUUGUCUUCUUCCUACGUAUUGAAGGCCAAAUUCAAAUCUGCCUUAAGCAAGUUAUCAUAUAAGUAAUACUAUGAUAUUCAAAGUGCAGUUGUCUGAAAUACUUUUUAUUAAAUCCGGUUUCGUACAUGAAGGUGUAACUGCAACUUUGGCGUGCUAUAAUUCAUAUAGAAUCAUAGAAUUGUUUGAGUUGGAAAGGAACUUUAAAGGCCAUCUAGUCCAGCUCCCCUGCAGUGAACAAGGACACCUACAGCUACAUCAGGUGCUCAGAGCCCCAUCCAGCCUGACCUUGAGUGUCUUCAAGGACAGUGCAUCCACCGCCUCUCUGGACGACCUGUUCCAGUGCUUCACUACCCUUGUAGUAAAAAUCUUCAUCCUUACAUCCAAUCAGAAUCUCCCCUCUUUUGGUAUGGAGCCAUUUCCCUACAUCCUAUCACAGCAGCCCCUGCUGAUGAGCCUGUCCCCAUUCUUAUAGCCUCCCUUCAGAUACUGGAGGGACAUUUAAUAUAUAUAUAUAAUAGAAUAUAUAACAUAUGUGUAUUUGGAUAAUGCAAUAAAUGUAAAUUUCACUCCUCAGAAUGAAAGCCUUAUCAGUGUGAUUGCUGGUAAUAAUUACUGUUAACAAUUACUCUUAAUAAAUAGCGUUAGCUUUUCAUCAGGGAUCAAACCUGUAUUGAUCUUAGUACCUUCUAAAUAACUAAAUUCUUUAUCUCCUAUACUUUUUGACAGAGGUACUCAGGACCUCCCAGAGUCAGCCCAUAAAGCCCUGUGCUGCAAAUGAACUGUUGUCUUCCUUCCUGGUGUUUUUCAAGAGAAAAAAAAGCAACAACCUGAUGAAGCGAUUAGUCACAGGGUGUAUUUGGUUGUUUCAGAGGUAGCAGUAAACUCUGCAGUAAAAUGAUGGCUAACCAUCUGGCUCUUUUCACUUUGACAGUACGAGUUAGAAAGAGUGCUAGUGAAAAAAACCCAACAGUUAUAUUGGGUGCAUUACUUUUUGCAUCGCAGUUGUUUCUAGCAGUAAGAUGGAAUGGAAUGUAUCUGUUUUGGUCAUGCUUCUCUAUGUUUUUUGCAAGUCAAAAAUGCACCAGCCAUAAAUCUUAGGAGGAGGCUAACAGCUUUGUGAAAAGAGCUCCAGAGGAUAUGAUCCAGCUGAUGUCUGUGAACUGCCACCUUUAACAUUCAUGCAUGGUUUCUGCAACAGCUGUGAGUAAAAGGUCAAGGAACUGUGUCAUGCCAUACCAUGCUGGGGCACUUCUGUGGCACAGUGAGAAAUGGUGAAUGCAGAGGAGCAGCGUGAGAAUACGCAGGAGGAUGUGGUCUGCCUCCCCUUGAAGUGACUCCGCAUAUCUGCUUGCAGACCAGCUCCUCAGCUUCUAUUGUGCACUACUACGUUGAGUGCUACAAACCACUGUACCAGCCAUCAGAAGCUUGUGCUUCAUCUCCUGCACAGAGAAGAGGCUCUGUUGUCACGCUGUGUAACCAAAGGGCAGGCUGAUGCAGGAGCCACCCCUGCAAACCUCAAGUUGUAGUAACACAAGUGCCUUCUUCAGCAGCAAAGCCAUUUAAAGAACUUUCUACUCCAUGUCACCACCAUUCUCUUGUGGCUCUGUGUCACAGUGUAUUUGUCUUUCAAGAGCCUCUUACAGCUGCUGGUAUCAAUGAAACAAUCCAAGUUAAAAGUCCUUCUAGCAAACAGCUAGGGAGUUUGCUUGUUCAUUUUAAUCGUUUUGAUUGGAAUUAUUUUACUAACAACUCUGCUUUCUCCGAAGCACAACAGGUUUACAACGAGUAAUGCAUUGCUAGAAGUCAGAAACUCUUCUUCUACUGGCUCUGCUGCAGAUCAAAACCAUGGAUCGCCUACGCAACAAGUACCUCCUAGCACACAGGGCCGAGGGGGCCACUGGAUAUCACUGAGCAACAGCAUUCCAGGAACAGCAAUUGGUUGCAAGUGCAAAUAGAAUUAAGCCCUUUCACUGUGGCUGAAAUAUAAUUUCUGACCGAGUCAUUUUAAGGAAGAGAAUUUAGGAAAGUCUUAACCUAGCAGGCUGGUCUACAUUUAAAACUUGCGAGUAUUAUGUCACCAUUUUGUUGAGUUUUGUUUGUUUGUUUUGUUUGCCAGGCAAUUAUAUCAAUAACAUCUCUGGUGUAGUUGCAACUGUACCAUUAUAGAAUUAUCUUAAAUAGGAAUACUAACUAUCGCAUUGCUCAUACUCUUUGAAUAUAAUGCACUUUGUUAUGACUUUAUACUUCAGUAAAUGUAAUAUUUCAUUGUUUACAGCAGGUUACAGAAUACUCACAGGUGACUGCCUAAUACUAUACUUAACAGAUAAAACUCAAAUGCAGCAUCUCUGGAAAAAAAACCUUGUUCAGUUUUUUCAGAAAUUGUUUGGUCUGCCUUCAUCUACAACCAGAUGCAUAUAACGGACGUGGAUGUGUAUACCUGCAUCGACAGAUUUGUCUUUUCUAUGUGCACUCAUACACAUUUUAAAAGCUAAAUGAUACAGUUGCUUUGCAUAAUGAGUUUCAUUUUUUUUCACAGGUCAGCACCUUUAGUGAACCCUGGAAAAACUAAUGUGCGAUCAGUCAUCACACUGAAGCAGCAGCACCCGUUCAGUAGUCUUGGACAAAAAGCUGAAUGCUGUGGUUUCAGAAACUUAUCAUUGAAACCUUGUGGUUCUGUGUAGGAGGUUGCAGAAGCUGGACACGUUUGACAUCCUUGUUUCUGAACGGUGAAAUCUGUACAUCUAAUUUAUGAAAAUUAUCUCUGGUGUGAUUUUAUUCUUUUUUUUUUUAAUGAAGUCAACAUUAUAUUUUCCCUGCAUUCAGUGGAAACAAUAAUGGAAAUGUUUUAAGAUGUACUGUGAAACCGUUUUGACCUUAAAAGGGAGAGUAAUAAAAAUAUCCUUGAUUUUGAUUAAGUUCUAAGAAGGAAAUUAAAAUUAAAUACUUGGAGUUGCAGGUGAGAAGAAAGUAUUUAUCAGGUGGGGAAACAAACAGAGAAAUGAACUGUGAGAAGUCACAUAGAUGUUAUGAAAUAAAAAUUUUCCAAGUGAGAAUAUGAUAUUAAAAAAAAGCAACACAACAAAGUAAGGUAGUUUAGAAUAAACCGUGGUAUCUGUUGUCUUUCAGAUAGUCUCCACAAACUGGUAAGGUUACAUGCAGGGCAAAUGCAAGAUGUAUCUGCAGCUUAAACAGUUGAAGUCACAUCAAACAAGCAAAACAUUGUAAGUAAAUCAUCACUUAGUCAGUUAAUGCAUUUUUUUCUUUCCUUUUCUUUUGUUUUAUGCUAAGUGCAGUGAAAUAAUGCAGUUCCUUGACAAAAGAAAUAUGCUAAUGUUGGUGCAAAGGAUAUCGCAGCAGGUACGUGUAACAGGAAUUGAAAGGAGGAGAAAAUAUAUUUCUUGGCUUGUCCAUGCAUUUCAGAAGAAAUACAUCCACAGCUGCAUUGCCAAGCUGGAACUGAGACCCACCAUGGACUCCUAUCUUCCUCAUGUACACUUCUGCCUUCUGCUCUGAAACCUGAGCUGAUAAUCAUUACAACUGCAGCUGCAAACUUAUCAUGUGACACCAGAUUCUUUGAGCAUACCGUGCUAUUUCCCUGAACUGAAAAAGCUUUGUGGAAAGCUGAGAGAAAAAUGAGGAUCUGCUGCAGUGCUAGCUGAAAUCAAUGGAGGCAAAUAACCUUUUUUCUCCAUAAUCACUGCAAGCAUGGAAAAUAUAGAUAACCAAAGAAGUACUGUCUCUUUGAGCAUCCGAAAUUUACCUGAUGAACAGAAGUAAUACUUGGGACUGUCAGCCAUUUUGUUAAAUGCUUUAUUGGACCUUAAUAUGAAGGAGAAAGCUGAAAAGUUGCCUGUUUCCAACUGAAACUCAAACUGAAAAUCCAGCUUUGCUGGUGUUGAGGAGGAGGGUUCCAGCUGGAAAUACGUGUUGAAGCAUCUGAACUACAGCUGUCCAAGUGGAAUUGCAAAUGCCAGAUGCUGCGCACUGGCCAUGGCUUUCAGGGCUGUGAAUUCAAGAAGACAUAUUGGACUCCAGCAGCUCUCAUCCUUGGCAUGGGCUGGACGAACAUUACUGGGACCAGUGAAAUCCUGUAAAUUUGUUGUGGAUGAAAGCACCAACGAAAGCAUGUUGAUUUGUUCUGCUGUUAGACUGAUGGAAAGUUUGGAUUUAACUAGUGCUGCUGGACAGCUUCUUAAUGAAACCAUUCAGGCCCAAAACAAAGAAUUUAAAACUGGGAUGAGUACCCUGUUGUUCCUUGUUGGUGCGUGGAGUAAUGCUGUACUGGAAUGCCUUCAGCAGAAUGUUCCUGUUUCAGCAAUAGUAUCUGUGAUGUCUGAGGGGUUGGACUCUUGCUGUGAGAAAGUCCAGUGUCUUCAAAUAUCAGUACACGAUGUAAACAAAGAGCUGUGUUCUAGCAGUGUUAGGCCAAGAACUUCUGAAAGUAACAUUUCCCAAAUUCCAUGUGACAGUUCUCUAAAUCAUCAGAUUUUUCUGUAUUUUCAGAAAGGUAUUUCUGCAUCAGAAGAACUUGUUCCAAGAAAUUCUUGUUUUCCUCAGGAAGCUGAUUGUAAGUUUUAUAAGGGCCUGGUUUGGCCUUUGGCCAGCUUUGGUUCAGUAGCUUCCCUUGUCAGGUCAGUGGAUGACAAAAGUACAUCUGUGAUUUCUGGAAGUGAUGUCUCUGCAUCCAUCUGUAAACAAAAAAUAUUAACUCACAGCAGAUACUUCAGCACUGUAGCAAAAAGUCCUGUUUCAAGUCACCUACGUGAUUCUCAGGUACACCUCUCAGAACAGUCAGCAUAUACUUGUGAAUGUUAUGGUUUAGGACACCUGGCAAUGGCUCUAAGCCAUGGGAAUGAGCCUAGCGUGAAACUGCUUCGAAGCAUUGUUGCAUAUCAACAUGAGAGAGCAGAAUGUAGCGGCUCUUCCCAGUUCAGUAUCGCAGAAAUUGCAACAUGCUGUUUACCAGGUCUGCCUGAAAGUUACUCUUGUGUUUGCCCAGGUUUUAUCACUUUAGUGUCACCAGAACAAGCCACAGUUACCAAAUACUUUCAGGACAGAUCCCUUUGGAUUCUGCUAAUGGAUGGUGACUUAACCGAACAGUAUCGUCAUUUAGGUUUCACUAAACCACGGAAUGUAAAGACCGUAUUGGAGUAUCCUAGCCUACAGGAAGGUGGAUCAAGAGACUCGUGGCUAAGCAAUGCGUUAGAUAUUCUAGUACGCUUGGAAGUAAACUUGGUUUUGGUCAAAGGAACUGUGUGUGAAAACUUAAUGGAAAGAUGCAUCGCAAACAAUAUAUUGGUAAUUAGUUGUGUGACUCAGAAUGUGUUGAGUGCCUUUGGGGAGGUGACCGGUGCCCAGCCCGUGACGUACCUCGCUCAGCUGAAUGCUGCUUGCCUGGGGAGUGGGGUCUGGGUAGAGCUGUGGAAGGGCUGUGACGAGCGUGCAAUGGAACUCGGUCAGCUUGUGCCAGUCAGGAUAAAAGUGCAAAGAAUUCCCCUGCUGACGGCCGUGCUCACCACCACUGUAGCUUCAAAGAUGCAGCUCAUUGAAGACCAGUUUUGGACUUUUGUGUAUCGACUCCAUCAUGCUUUAAAGGAUGGGAAGGUUUUUCUUGGCGGUGGUGCAGUUGAGUUCUUAUGUCUUAGUCACAGUCAGAUGCUUGCAGAGCAGUCUUCAAAGCUAACAGAUAAAAAUGCUGUGAAGGAGUUUCAUAGUCCUCAGCUGGCAGCAUCUGCGUCAGAGUAUAGAGCAGUUGUGCUUCAAGCACUAGCCACUGGCUGGAACCAGUAUCUUUCCAUGGUUAUAUGUAACACUGCAAAAGCAGCAUCGGAGUUUGAAGCACAUACCUUAAUUGAUCAUCACCUCCAAAAAGCAGCUGACUGUGGCUCUCCCUCAGCAUAUGUACUGAAAGAGUUCAGAAGAGGUGAUAUGUUCAGAGGUGGUUCUAUUCCUUUCACUGACAGUGAAGAGGGUGUAAAGGUUUAUGAUAAUGUUACAGCCAAGAUGGAGGCGUGGCGGAGAGCUCUAGACUUGGUGCUGCUAGUGCUUCAAACGGAUGCUGAAAUCAUCAUAGGUCCCAGAAGGAGUCAGCUAUUAAACUCACACUCAUCAAGUGAAUUUAUGUUUUUGUAGGACUUGUAAGCUUGCUUUUUUCUUUUUUUUAAUGAGUCCGGGAGUCAACGGGUGGAAGAAGUCCAGGUACAAUCUAUGUUUCUUCAAAAAGCAAACAUUUAGAUGUGGUUAGGACUUAAGAGUAUAAUAGCAGGAAUCUCCAUGUGAAACAGUAACAAGAUAGGCUCAUUUCCCAUUUCUAGAAACGAGUUAAAUAAAACAAAAAUCACUUACGGGCUAAUCUCUAACCCCAGCCAUGUAUUCCUAACUGAUGAUAUGGUCUAUAUGGGUAGGCUAAUCCAGUCCAGCUGACUUUUCUAGCUUUAUUUAGCAGAGCAGAUGUGCAGUUCUUUUUUUCAUUAUAAAGAGGAGCACUGUGAAGUCAAGUUGGAGAAAUGUUUGGAAGUUUAUACAAGGAAUCUAACAUGUACUGUCUGUAUGAGGUAUUUGCACUCGUAUACAGUAAAGUACUUAAUAUCUUCUAAAGAGGGGGCUUUCUUACAUAUUGUUGACUUACCUGUCUGCGUUAGACCUAAGAGAUAAUUAAGAUCAUAGUUCAUAAUUGUAAUUCAUAAUUUCUGUGCAUUCCAAGUUAAGCUCGCAAUAACUUACAACUGUUACGUCUUAAACUAAGAGAUUGUAUUGGUUGAUUCUGGUUUUGCAUAAUUGUAUGGGCAAUAUGUUUUCUAUUUUGAAAUAUACCCCUUUGAAAUUUCUCAGGUUUCUGUAUAAUUCAGACUGAACCCUCCCUUUUUGUGUUACAGAGUAGAUAUAGCUCCACACAGUUUUGUUUCAAUAGCAAGUUGGAUUUUUAGAUUAUUUCCUUUAGGUUCUUUUAGAUAGCCUUGUGGAGAAGAAAAGUGCAAUUAUAUCAGCUGUUUCCUAAAGACUGACAAUGAAUCUUACCUGAAUAGUUGGGGCAUAGCCAUGCUACUGUGUCUCAGCACUUAAAACUGAAAACAGAACAAUUCAGAAGUGGCACUUCGUUGCAAGAAAGAGGUUUGUAAUAUAUGUUUGUAAGAGGAUAUUUUUUUCUGAAAUUAGCAUUUUACAUAGUGAUGUGUUGGGUGAAAACAGAAUGUAAAGAGAAUGGGAAUGGUCGUUUGCAGAGAAUUAGGAAUUCACUUCAAGACUUGAUUCUCAUUAAAAUGCUGAUGGCUAGCAGUACUUGGCUUAAGCACUUACCCAUUCUGAGUUCUGGUGAAAGACAGUCCGGUGGUGGUGAAAUCUAAGAAUUGGGAUGAGCUGAAGAAUAUGCUUUCUGGGUCCUGAUUCCUCUGGGCUUACUUUGAUUGUCGUAUGUCUUCACCACAGAAGACGCUUCAGAGAGGAGCCAUCAGUUGUGUCGAAUCCCUGUGUUCUUUGGCACUGCCCCAGUACUUCUGAUUCCUGAUGGAGUUACUCCUUCUGCCUGGGAAGGCCUCUCCCCUCUAUCUGUGUAUUUCAUGGUGCCAAAUUCCAGAGAGUUUGAGUUUAUGGAAAGGAAAGACAGUUCCUAAAAUGUUUCUCCCAUGGUGCCAACCAUCAACCUGCAGCGGCCUUCUAUGCUGUAUGUUUUUUAGCAAAUUCUGUAUGCAGCUCCUUCAUAGAGGUGUUUGUCACAGUGGUUUAUGCUAAGUGAAAGACUGUUUUGUUUAGUAUAUAGGGCAAGGAAAGACACAGAUAAUGAAGUUCAUCCUUAAAUGUUGUAGGUGCCUAUAGAUGCAUUUGUGAAUGAAAGUUAUGUUGUAUGUUAUGUUGGUGUGUCUUCAAAUGUUGCAUUGAGAGCUCUCGUUGCUGAAUUUAACAUUUAUGUUUUCUAAUUGAAUGUAAAUGGAAGGCCUUUAGGAAGGCUAAGGUAGCAUAUGAAUUGCAGUUACUUUUUGUAAAUAUCAUGAAAUAACUUUUCUGUUUGUGGAAAGCUAUGCUCACGGUAUUUGGCCACCACUCAUCUGAAAGUAUGUGUUAUUUUGCUUUUCUUACAAACUCCAGAAAUCAGUGGGUUUUGGUAAAAUCUCAUCAGUAAUAUACAGUCUGAAGGAAAAGUUCUUAGCACCAUACAGAUCUAUUUUAAAGUUGUGAUCAUACUUCAAUUAUAUUUUAAUUAUUAGUCAAUCAGCCGUUGUAAGUGCUAGGUCACGCAUCUCAAGACAUCAGAGAAACCAGUUUGAAAACCAGCACAAGAAAGACGUGGAACUCUUGGAACGGGUCCAGAGGAGGGCCACUAAGAUGAUCAGAGGACUCCUA